AUGUUCGGAGACGUAUUGAGGGAAUGCCAGAAGAAAAUCCAGGACAUUGCCUCUGGAGACACCAAACAGGGACAGUAUGGAGAAUGGCUAAAGGCAGGAGAUUCAAGAACUGGUACAACCUCAAGCCCACAUAGCAGAUCAUCUGACAGAAACCCAGAUCCACCUUCUGACACUAACAAGGAGCAAGACCCCCCAUCAAAUAAGGGCUCAGACAGCUUAAGACUUCUCUCAGACAUAGCAGGCAACCAGGGUAACCAUACACCUCGAUCUCAUGGGAAAACUAGCCUAGUGGAAUCCAGUUCCUCCAGACAAGAUAAUCAAAGCUAUCAUGGCAGGAAUGAACCCACUGAACCUCAACCAAAGGAGCCUGGAAAAGAGAUAGUACAAUAUGAAGGCAACUGCCCAAAUCUAAAUGUCUCUCCAAGGGAUAGUAAGGAACAACUCAUCUCCCCAACAGAACCUCCAUGGACUAGCCCUAUGGACACUCAGGGGCCCAAGCAGAGAACAUGGAAAAGAAUUGGAGCUAAAGAAGGCAGACUCCAGAGAAACACCACAGAAGUUCCUAAAAUCCAGGAUCAAGGAUCCAAAAGAGGAAGAUUCACUCACAAAACCUUGUCUGCUGUCCAGGAAGACCCUAUGCCAGAAGAAUCUGACCAGAAAAAAUUGAAAGCUCAUUCAACCCAGGUGGAGAAGGCCAGCCUUGAAUGGCCCCGGAGCUUCUCUGACAGGCACAAAACUGUUGAACCAAGGAGGCUGAGUGGAGGGUUACUUCUGGCCUGGAGCAGAGAUGUGGAAAUUAAUCAAAUCAUAUGUGACAGCUUCCACUUCGAGGUUGAAUUCAGACUACAUCAUCAGGAUCAAUUCAGAUGGAUAAUAUUUGUCUACCUCAGCACUGACAAAAGAAUUAGAGAAAAUCAAUGGGAUGAACUGGAAGCUAAAAAAAGUAAUUGGGGUGAUUACUGGUGCAUGAUUGGAGACUGGAACGAUUUGGCAAAUGUGGAGGACAAAAAAGGGGGCAGGACUAGAACACCAGCUAGCCUCUUGGGUUUCCAGACUUUCAUUGCCAAUAUGGGAAUAGGGGAAGUGCUCAGAAAGGGAUACCCUUACACUUGGGGUAACAAUAGGGACCAGGAAGGCUUUGUUGAAGAAGCUCUGGACAAAGCUUAUGCAUCUCUUGAAUGGCUCAGAUCUUAUCCAGGGACUCAAACAACCUCCCAUUUCAAAAGCUCUUCUGACCACCACCUCCUUCUUCUUGAAGAUGAUCCAACAGUUAUCAACCCAAAGAGCAGGUUCCAUUUUGAUAAGAGAUGGAUUAAAAGGGAUGGGCUUGAUGAUGUGGUGCAAGUAGCCUGGAAUGAGACUCAAGAAGGCACACCUUGUUAG